GGUUUUCAUUUCGUCCAAGCAAGCUGUUCGGUCUAGGGCCCUUGUGGCUUUCCAGUCUUUUACCCUUCAACUACGCGACCGGUCCUGUCGACCUCUCUCAGCCAGCCAUGUCGACCGGACGCAAGGUCUUCCACUGUGCCGUGGACGAGACGGCGUUAACCACCAAUAUCAGCGAAAUCAAAAAAUGGACCACCAACGGCGCCAUCACUCUUAUCGUUCCUCUCUACACCCUUGAACGCCUCCAUGCCUUGAAGAGAGCCGGAUCCCAAGUCGCCAUCAAUGCCCGAGAGGCCGUCCGUUUCCUCGACCGUGUCACCUCCGGCAAAGAUAACAUUUCCGCCGAACGAGUCAUCCUGCAGGGUCCUAUGGAGCAAUAUGAGAACUGGACCGAGGCGGAGAAGUUCUUCCUUCCGGAGUUCGAGGAGGAGCCCGAAGCCAACGGAGUUCUUCCGGGCGACCAAGUGGCGCAGCGGAAUCGCGAGGAUAAGUCCAAAGAUACGAAGAAGAACGGCGCCGCUCCCGAUGAUUUAUCGCAAAUGCUUCUCAACAAGUUGAAUUUCAAGAAAGAAUCCGAUGCGGUCUCGAUCACGUCAAACGGCACUCACAGCGCCCCUGCAUCCCGACCGUCCUCCAGGAGCUCCCGGACCAGUCCCGAGUGUGCGAAUUCUCAUGUUGUCAAUGGAGUCAGCAAGGAUGCGAAAAAGAAGCCGGAGAGUGGACACCGUCGUUCUGCGUCUGGGUCCACUAUUCCGACGGUUCCUUUGAUGCUCAGACCGCUGCUCAGCGCCCUCUUGUGGCGCUUGCACAGCGGCCCUGAUGCAGCUAACGCGGCGAAAACAUGCAUUCUCAUAACGAACGAUCGGCCUACCCAGAUUUGGGCGCAGAAAUUCGGUAUCGGAGUUAAGAACAUUCAUCAGCUGCGGACGUCCAUUCAGUACGAGGAGCGCGAAUACAAGAACCGGUGCAAAUACGUGGAGAAGACCCAGACGACCACCGCAGAGCCAAAAUCUCUUCUUUCCUACGAGGACGAGAGCGACGAGGAUGAGCUUGUUUUCGUCCCCCGCGGUCGCGGCAAAGGAUCUACUCGAGGAGGUGGCUCGCGCGGCGGCACUACGCGCAAGGCCGCUGCAUUCAAGUCUGUCGCCCCGCCGGUGGAGGCUACGAUGGAGAUUCCGACGCAGCCAAUCGACCCCAACUCGUUCAGCCGAUCGCUGGGUGUGACGAAGCAGCAGCAGCCCACGUUUGAUCUGAGCACCCAGUCCGGGGCCGCACGUGGCAUGGCGGGGCCAUCUCGGAACUAUUCGAACAGCCGCCGUGGUGGUUCUCGGGGUCCUUCGCGUGGUAGCAGCCGCGGCCGUGGCAAGCUCUGGGUUCCUUGAUCAAUGGUCGGGUCCGUCAGUCUGUGCAGAUGGACGGAUGAAUAUUUCUCAAACUUGAAAUAGACCAUUGUGGUUGUUACACGAAGCAGAAAGGA